AUAUAAACGAAAGCCAGUGCAAAGUGAAUUUAAAUUUUCUUACAUUUUGUGAAUGCAUAAAAAACUUACCAAACAAAAAAAGUGAAAAAACCGCAAAGAAAAUGAUGUUGCUACAGCAGCAGCAACAGCGCCGUUUGUGGGAUGCUACCAAAGCACCAACAACAACAGGAUCCCCAGCUGCAACAACAACGACAACAUCGACAGAGGCGGCAGCAGAAGGCAGUAACAAAUUGGAUUUGGAUGCUGCAGCUGCGGCUGCCAAACGGCGAGGCGUUCGGCUAAUUCAGCGCAAGGAUCACGAAGACACAAGACACGCAUUUAUGCGACACAUGUCAAACUCACCGACACCGCCAUCUCCCCUGCGAUCUCUAUCAGACUGUGGUAAAAGCUACGAAGAGGAGGAGGAGGAAGAGGACGAUGAUGAGCUAGACGAGGAUGUGGCUCAAAAUUUGAGCAGCAAACGUCGUGCGUCCCAUCAAUUGGACAUCAAAAUGGAGAAUGAGGUGCUAAAUUUGGCCUCACCGGCGCCCAAACGCUUGGCCCUCGAACAACAAACACCUGAGCCACAAGCGACAACAGCAGCUGCAGCCGCGCCCCCAAUGGGCCUGCCAGCGCCUUUGGGCUUUGGGCCAGAGGACAUGCAGCAGGCGUUACAGCUCCAGUUGCAUAGCUACAUUGAAAUGGUGCGUCAACUGGCGCCCGAUGCAUUUCCCAAUCCCAAUUUGGCAACGCAAUUUCUGCUACAGAAUUCGCUGCAAGCGUUGGCCCAAUUCCAGGCGCUGCAGCAGCUCAAAGUGGAAAGGGACAGGGAGCAAGUGCAGCAAAUGCCUAGUGAAAUGUUGCCCACGCGCCACUAUUCGACGCCCUUAAGCAAAAGUCCGCUGCGCAGUCCAUCGCUGAGUCCAGUGGGCCGUCAAAUGGAGCCGCAGCAGCGCACGCCGCCCAAUUCCUUGGCAGGAUUGGGAUUGAGCAGCGCAGUGCUAACUCCAAAUACUCCCAGCAUGCAGCAGCAGCAGCAGCAGCAAUCGGCGACAACUGCUUCCAGUUCGACGCCCAAGCCUUUGAGUAGUGGCGCCACCGUUGCCGCUGUCAUGGCCACCAAGCUGGAACAGUCACCAGAGGAGACUACAGAUCUAGAGGAGCUGGAACAGUUUGCCAAGACCUUCAAGCAGCGACGCAUUAAGCUUGGCUUCACCCAGGGCGACGUGGGCCUGGCCAUGGGCAAGCUCUACGGCAAUGAUUUCUCCCAGACAACCAUCUCGCGCUUCGAAGCGCUCAAUCUGAGCUUCAAGAACAUGUGCAAGCUGAAGCCACUGCUGCAGAAGUGGCUGGAAGAUGCCGACUCGAGUGUGGCCAAGUCGGCGGGCGGCGUUUUCAAUAUCAAUACGAUGACCACCAAUUUGUCCAGCACGCCGGAGAGCAUAUUGGGCAGGCGACGCAAGAAGCGCACUUCGAUAGAGACGACCAUCAGGGGUGCCUUGGAGCAGGCAUUCAUGCUCAACUGCAAGCCCACCUCGGAGGAGAUAAAUCAGCUGUCGGAGCGCCUGCACAUGGAUAAAGAAGUCGUGCGCGUCUGGUUCUGCAAUCGCAGGCAGAAGGAGAAGCGCAUCAAUCCCUCCCUCGACUUGGAUAGUCCAACUGGCACGCCGCUGAGCAGCCAUGCCUUUGGCUAUCCACCGCAAGUGCUCAAUAUGUCCAAUGGACAUAUGCUGCUCGAAGCUGGCGGCGGUGGAUCCCAUUGCGGCAGCUCCAUUAGCUCUGGUGAUUGAGAGUUAGAUCAUCCAGCGUUAGCCUAAUUCAGCUUGUAUAUAAAGACAGUGAAGCUCUCCAAAUCUUCCACGAAACAUUCCAAAUCCAAAAAGCAAAAAAUAAACAACAAAAACUGCAUAUCGUAUUAACCCUGUAUCCAAAA